CAUCUGCCAACCAUGAAGUGCUCAUUGCACUUCUGCUUCCUAUCGAUCACCUUCCUGCUCAUCUUCGUCAUGUCCCUCCUCUUCACCUACUCCCACCACAGCAUCGCCUACCUGGACCCUGGCGGGCUGGGUGGCAUCCACCAGGUGAAGCUGGUGCCCGGCUACGCCGGCAUGCAGCAGCUCAGCAAGGGGAGCCCAUACCCCUGGGGCUGUGCCUGCCACCGCUGCCCAGCUGACAAGGCCAGGGCUGCUGACUGGUUUGAUGGGCGCUAUGACGGCACCGUGUCCCCAGUGUGGACCAAGGACAACAUGGACCUGCCACCCGACGUCCAGAGGUGGUGGAUGAUGCUGCAGCCCCAGUUCAAGUCCCACAACACGCACAAGGUCCUGAGCAAGCUCUUCCAGAUCGUGCCAGGCGAGGAUCCCUACCGCUCCCGUGACCCACGCCACUGCCACCGCUGCGCCGUGGUCGGCAACUCGGGCAACCUGCGUGGCUCUGGUUAUGGGCCGGAGAUCGACAGGCACGACUUCAUCAUGCGGAUGAACCAGGCCCCCACAGUGGGUUUUGAGGGUGAUGUGGGUGGUCGGACCACACACCACUUCAUGUACCCCGAGAGUGCCAAGAACCUGCCUGCCAAUGUCAGCUUUGUGCUGGUACCCUUCAAAACCCUGGAUCUACUCUGGAUCACCAGUGCCCUCUCCACCGGCCAGAUCAGGUUCACGUACGCACCUGUGAAGCCUUUUCUGCGGGUGGACAAAGAAAAGGUGCAGAUCUACAACCCUGCCUUCUUUAAGUACAUCCAUGAUCGCUGGACAGAACACCAUGGGCGCUACCCCUCUACCGGCAUGCUGGUGCUCUUCUUUGCCCUCCAUGUCUGUGACGAGGUGAACGUCUUCGGGUUCGGUGCCGACAGCCGGGGCAACUGGCACCACUACUGGGAGAACAACCGCUACGCCGGGGAGUUCAGGAAGACGGGAGUGCACGACGCUGACUUUGAGGCGCACAUCAUCGACAUGCUGGCCAAAACCAGCAAGAUCGAGGUGUACCGGGGGAACUGAGCCUGCCCCAGCUCCCGGCUCUCCCCAGGGC